AUGGGGGUUUUCAAGAGAGCAAUUGACUCGCUGCAGGGUUGUGACCGCCCGACUCUGCACCUUGUCUCCUACUUCAAGUCCCAACUGCCCCAAAUGCUUGAUGAUAUUAAGUUUGCACCUGCGGCAUUGAAGCAGAAUAUGCGCGCGGUGAUUGCUGAAUUGAAAGCAAACAUAUCGAACAAGUUUGUCCCCGAUGUCAUUCAUGAGGUUGCGUACCUUUUGCAUUCGCUUUCCAAGGUGGUGGCAGCCGACCAGGAUGGCAAGGCCUUAGAGCUUUUGGAGAAAGAUGGGCUGCUGACCCAUCUCUUUGGGGAUGAAACGGCAUUCCGUGUCUGCACUCGGUGUUCUAGAACCGUUGUACAUUUUAGUAGCGAGAAGGGUUCACUUUCUGGAACAAAAAAUCUCAACCGCCACCUUGAGGUUUGCACCGGAGCAGACACAAACCGAAAACGUCGGCGUACUCUUGACGAAUUUUUAACUGUGGCCCCGGAUCGUCUGACAAAGUGCCGAGUGACAGAAGGGUGUGUUCGCGCUUGUGACAAUGACGGCCGUCCGUAUCAGUCUUUUGCUUCCGAAUCGAUGAAGGCGGUGCUCGAAAUCCUUCUUGACAUUGGUAAGCGCAAUCCACAAACUCGCGCACUUGGACCUCGCUGCGCUGUUACGGACUCUAUUGUUGGUCCCUAA